AUGGAUCUUGAAGUAGCAAUAAGAUUCCAUCCAUUUGAUCCAAAUGUCUUUCGAUUUAAAAAUACUGAGCGAAACUUGCAUUUUGAACCUCAUUAUCUCAAAAAUUUCGAUCAAGCAGUUGAUAAAAUAUCGAAAACGAAAAGUGGAACUUUGACGCAAGGAGGACCAACGGGUUAUCAAAUAUUCACACAAUAUUCUUCGGAGAAAAAUGCGCUCCAAAGAGAAGUGGUUCCAUAUCAUCCAAAUAUAAUCAGACACUUUGUGAAUUUUGAAAUAUUUGAUUCUUGCGAUUUUGAGUCCGACUGUCUUGGUUGGAUAACAGUAAUGGAGUUGUGCAAUUCAAAUUUACGAGAAAAAAUAAAGAUCCCGAAAAAUGAGCCAGAAUAUCUUGGUAUGUCAAAGAGAAAACGAAUUGCGAUUGGUGUAAAAAAAGGUUUUGAGUAUCUUUCCUCAAUAGGAAUAUGGCACUGCGAUGUUAAGCCGGAAAACGUGCUGCUUUCAAGUGAUGAGUCGCGUAUUAUUGAUUUUGGUAUUCUUUGUGAACAAACAGGGAGAGUUGGUUAUCGUAAAAUGGGAUACACACGGCAUGGAUCAAGAUACAAGGACGUUAACAAUCUCCGAGCUGGCUCUGCAGGCUUUUGCGAGAUGGAUCAAAUUUCUUCAAAAAAUGGGUUUUUUAAUAGAAGCAUUUUUGUUUUUAUCUUCUGCGACUGGCAAACUGCUUGGUAUCUGCUUUACAAUCCAUUGGGUUCUGAUGAGCAUAGAGAACAAGUAUCGAAAUUUUUAAAGCAAUCGAAUGCAGAAUGGUUGCGAUCUGAUGAAAUUCCAUCAAUCGAUAACAUACAAAACGAGGCAUUCUCUCAAGUUAUUGGAUGGGAUGAUUCGUUGAUUCCAAAGCAUUCUCUCGAUAGUUUUCAAAUGUCAAAAGCAAUCGACAAUUCGAAUCUAAAAGAACGGUUGACAAAAACUGGCCUACACAGUUAG